UUUUGCGACUGGUUCGCUCGGGCAUCCCAAUAUCUAUGACUGACCAGUAUAUAUAGUCCGCAAAAUCGCUCACCGAGAUAGCCCCCUCGAUCACACGCACAUGGGAUAGCGCGCACGCCCCUUGGAGAUUCCUAGUACGUCGAACCCGAAGAUGCACGGACGGCCGGACCCGUAUAUAGCGUGGCGUUCUCAUGUCUUCCCUCGCGCCUCGAGGCCUCCCUAACACCCCUGAUGCGCGCCACCGCUCUCCAACGAGAACGGCGACCGUCCACGUCUAUUUCAUUCCCUGUGCAGCGCGCUCCGUGCCACAUAACCACACGCAGCCACAGGUGCGGGCGCAGGCAGCCACAGACUGCAGUUCCCCGUCUCCCGCCCACGGUGUGAUGUUGCAGCCGGCGGACGAAAACCGGUCUCCGAGGAUCCUGCGGUGAGAAGCAUUCUCCCAAUGCCGUAGCAGCCUAUGGCAGUAGCGGCUCCCGACUCCGCACGGGCCUGACGAGCCCCUGGGGACCGAGGACUGCGGAGGAAGAGGCUGCACAGCCCUCCCCGAGAGCGUGGGCUAGGUUCGAGAACUUCGAGUCGUGCUCCGAACUCCGGACAGCAACAGGUGUGGGGGAGACGGUGCAGCGCCUGGGUGCGCAGCCCGGCUUCGCACAGCGAGAGUCGUCACUGUCA